UUCGCGUUUCCUAUUGGCUGUCUCCGGUGUCACAUAAUAGGAGGAAAAACAGCCGUUGCUGCUGCUUUGUUGACAUCCGUUUAUGAAACAUCCUUGAGGCUCUCCCGACUGGAUAUUGUAUUGAAAUGGCUUCGAGUUACCGGAAAUCUGCUCCUUCGACCAGCCAAAGGAAAAAGAUAAGUCCCAAAGUCGAACUGACUGAGGAGCAAAAGCAAGAAAUUAAAGAGGCCUUUGACCUCUUCGACACAGAUGGAACCGGGACAAUAGACGUGAAGGAGCUAAAGGUUGCCAUGAGAGCUCUUGGGUUUGAACCAAAGAAAGAGGAAAUCAAGAAGAUGAUUGCAGACAUCGACAAAGAGGGCUCUGGAACGGUCGACUUUGGCGACUUUCUCAGUAUAAUGACACUGAAAAUGAGCGAAAAGGACUCCAAAGAAGAAAUUAUGAAAGCUUUUCGGCUGUUUGACGAUGACUGCACGGGAAAAAUCUCCUUCAAAAACCUCAAGAGAGUCGCCAAGGAGCUGGGUGAAAACCUCACCGAUGAAGAGCUGCAGGAAAUGAUUGACGAGGCGGACCGGGACGGAGACGGCGAGGUCAACGAGCAGGAGUUCUUGAGGAUAAUGAAGAAGACCAACCUCUACUGAUCCUGCAGAGAGUUUGUUUGUUUGUGUGUGUGUGUGUGUGUUUAGACCCAGGACCAUUUUUAAGAUUCACAUUCGAUCCUCUCCCGGCAGCAGCUUUGUUUAAGGAUUUGUGCCAGUAUAGUUCUUUUUUGUAAAUAAAUAUUUUACCAAACUGUAUGUUUUGCACAGAUUUUCUACAAUGCAAGAAAAAUAAAUAUAUUUCAUGAGA